CUCAGUAGGUACUCGUAGYACAUCUACUAUCACUCGUACUACUGUUCCGGUAGUACUCCUCUAUUCCUUUGAGGAGCAUACGGUAAGUCGUUGCUAUCAGCAAGGGAUUUAGUGAGCACGACAGAGCCUCAGCACCUACAUUGCCAACCUAGGACGUACKGYACUGUACUUGUACUUCUAGCUCACAAGACAAGAGGCUCCUACCAAGGAGAGGAGCUUCGCAGCAAUCGAAACACCGAAGCAAUCGACGCUCCUCUUCAGCAAGUUAUCAGAGCUCACAAGAUAAGAGGAUCCUACCGAGGAAAGCAGCCGAGCAAUAUCGAGCAAUCCGAUCGCGAAACACCGAAUCGCAAUACCGAAUCGAGUGACUACUACUGUCACCUGGUGCCCGAUAAGUACGAGUACACGCACAUACGAAGCACAGUAGGACGUUGCUUGUGCAGUAAGUCACUCACCAACAAGCGUUUCAAGCACACGCACACGCACACGCACACGCACACGCACACGCACACGCACACGCACAUGCACAUGCACAAAACCAAGAACAUACAACAUACGUUUACCGACCGAAGACAACGAUGAAGAAUCCCUACCACGGUGGCAAUUUCAGGGGCGACAUUCAGCACAACAAUGGCAGCGCAAGUGCCAGCAAGAGCGUUGCAUUUCUCCGGUGGACCUUUGUGGGCCUCUCGGUGGCUUGUUUUGUUCAGAUCUCCUACCAGCAGCACCUCCGCGUGAGCAGCGGCUAUUACGGUGAUCUUUCCCAGUCCCCCUUGAGGAACAGCGCCGGAGCCGACCCCGAUGUGCCGGUGCGUGGCAACGCCCGUUCGAUCUACAAAAACGAUGGUUCCGCCACCAAGAACCUCCCCCCAAUCCCGAGGUUUGUUGUUGAUCCCCUCUUCAAGGCCGAGCAGGACCGCAUCGAUUCCGCCGCGGACGAGGAAACUCGCUGCAAGCAGUAUGGGGUGCCGCCGCUACCGAGGGACAGCAAGUCCCGCCAGCGCCGCAUAUUUUUCGGGAGCAUGCUGGCCAACGAGAACCCCGAGGUGAUCGUGGCCCACGCCCUAGAGGCCUACAACAAAUAUGAUGUGGUGGCCCUGGUGGAAUCCAACACGACGCACUUUGCCACCCCGCGCACCAUGAACUUCGGACCUGGCUCGAUUUCCGUUCGGACCCUCCAGGAAUCGGAGCUCUUUGGAUUUCGCAACACUACCAAGGUGGUAGUCGACUACUGGUUGGAGGACGAGCCCGAUCUCAAAAUGAUGUCUCGUGAGGUAGAGCAGCGGAACACCAUCUGGAAGAUCUGGCUUAAGGAGGGCAUGGCCCCCUGGGACGUCGGCAUCAUGGCCGAUCUGGACGAAGUCACGAGCCGAGAUUUUCUGAACGCCCUUCGGGUCUGCGAUUUCCCCAAGCUUCGCUACGACGCCGAUCACCGGCCCAGCUGCCAGACCCCGAAGAUGGCCCUGUCGACGAUGCAGUUCGAGAGCACGCCGCUUUGUGUCAAGGAGUGGGAGUGGUUCCACCCCGACCUAAUUGCUGGGCACUGCAUCCUGGGCGUUGGCGAUCCGCAGGGCCGAGCCACGCCAGAGCGGGACACGACCGUGGGGGGGGAUCGCAGGAUCCCUGCUGGGAACCGCAAGGGAUGGGGGUCUAAUGACUACAAGAAGUACCCAGAAGACGUUUUGUCCAACGACCGGUUCCCGCUGUGGGACGGCCGAGACAUCCGCGAGAUCAACGGCAACGAGGACAACCUGGUCAAUUUUGACCGCCCCUUCCGGGAGGGGAUGGGAGACACGGCCGUUUACGGAACAGCCUAUCACCUUCAUAACUGGUUCAAGGAUUUGACCGUGCUACGCCACAAGUACGCAACCUAUGGACAUGCUAAUCCAGAUGCGGGCAAGAAGACACUCUCCAACAUCCAGGGAGACCUUGACAUGCUGGUACGGUGCACGCGAGGCCUUGGGAACAACCCGGCGCYGGAAAUCGGGAAACUCCCCGACGACGGCUACCCGUACUACACGAGCAAUCGAUUGCUCUCGCUGGAGGAGAGCCAGAAGCGAAGGGAAGUGGGGAGCAACGACAGUGCCAUCAGAACCAACGCCAACCACAUGUUUUCGCUUGGAGGCAACCGGCCCAUUUUUUUUCAGAACCGAACCUACGUUUUAGAACGGCACGCCCUCGUUCAGAAGCUUAUUCGGGACGACGAGCAGCGGUUUGGGAGUUUGUACAAGGACCCACACAAUAAGUAAUACAAAACGACGCCCUCUGAAACAAUCAAAUGAUGAGGAUUGCAUUUGAUAUCUUGUCUUUAUUUCUCACCACUAGUUCUCAGGUGCAACGCCCAUAGUGUGACCUCAAUUACACAGUAAACGAGACCUCCUAGUUUUACCAAUACUGCGGUUGGUGAAAGCACCUAGUAUAGAAUUUUGGUUCAGCAAGUGACAACUAGAACACGCUAAAGACUGCUAGGUCUACGACUAGUACCAGUAACAUACUAGUGAACGUAACUCUACGAGACAAACAUUGUUGUUAUCCGCUCACCGUAUUAAUUAAUUUUACACAAAGAA